AUGUCCGAGGUGGAGGAGACGCUCGAGCGCAUCAAGAACCACAAGGGUGUGGAGGGCUACGUGAUCGCCGACCGCAACGGCAACGUUCUUCGGCGUCACCCGCAGAUGCAGGUGGCGGAGGCUGAAAAGUACGCGCUCUACAUGAAGGAGCUCACUACGAAAGCGCGAGGCGUCGUUCGCGACCUGAACCCCAAGAACGACCUGCAGUACAUGCGCAUCCGCGUCAAAAAGCUCGAGCUGCUGAUCGCACACGAGAUGGACUUUCUAGUUGUCGUGAUCCAGAGAUGGACGCCGACGAACGGAUAG